GAUGGAAAAAUAUUUCAAUAAACAAGACGAAAUGCUUAUAAAAUUUUGGUUCAUCAAUAAUGUUUCGUACUUCAACAAAAAGAUUUGAAAAAAGAUCUGUCGAAAAUCACUUCAAUGCACUCCAAAAAAUCUUGAUUAGGGAAUAUUGAAUGUUUUGCAUUAUCUUCAGGGCACUGAUAAUAAUCAACAGAUAUAAACAAAAAAUCUGAAUUACGUUCAAGGAUUGAGAUGAUAAUAGAAGUUUGAUCUGUAUAUAAAGGAAAAAAAAAUCAGUGAAAUUAUACAGUUGUAACGUAUUAAUCUACAGAAAAUGAAAUUCGCACUGUGCUUUUUAGCUGUAAUUAUUGGCUGUCAAGCCAUUUCUGAUGAGGAAGCACUCAGUAAAUGGCAGAACUAUCAGGAAGAAUUUGGCAAAUCCUAUAGGUCUUUGGUUGAACACCGUCAUCGUUUCGCUUUAUUCAAACAGAAACUUCAGGAAAUCGAAGAACAUAACAAACUGUAUGCUGAAGGGAAAGUAACUUGGUACAAAGGUGUUACACCUUUCUCUGACUGGACCAGUGAAGAAUUCAACAACUACAUUAACAAAUACAAAUAUGAAGAAUUUGUUGGAGAAGAACAGAUCUUCAAAAGUGAAAAUCUAAGUGCUCCACUUAGUAUGGACUGGAGGCAAAGAGGAGCUGUCAGCGAAGUUAAAAAUCAAGGAACAUGUGGAUCUUGCUGGACCUUCAGUUCUACUGGAGCUCUGGAAGGAGCAGCUAGAAUGAAGACAGGCGCAGUAUUGUCCUUGAGUGAGCAAAAUUUGUUGGACUGUUCUAGAGAAUCAUACAAUAAUUUCGGCUGCAGUGGUGGUAAUGUUAUUGGAGCUUUCCAAUAUGUCCAAGAGAACGGAAUUACCACAGAAGACAACUACCCCUAUACUGGAGUUCAAGGGCCUUGUAAAGCAUCGUCACCAGUAAUGAAGGCCACUGGAUUCGUGAGGGUACCUCAAAAUGAAAAUGACCUCCUCAACGCAGUUGGAAGUAUUGGACCAGUAUCAAUCGCCAUAGUUUCUACUCAAAACUUGCAAGAUUACAGUGGAGGCAUCUUGAACGAUUCGACAUGUGCUGGUCAAAAUAUCAACCACGGUGUAUUAGCUGUUGGUUAUGGUUCAGCAAACGGCGUAGAUUACUGGAUCAUAAAGAAUUCUUGGGGUCCAAAAUGGGGAGAACAAGGUUAUUGGAGAAUGAUCCGUGGAGUUAAUUCAUGCGGUAUUACUCUUCAAGCAAGAUACCCUCUUGUUUGAUGAUGACUUUAAUUGUUUAAUUUUUGUGAAUAAAUUAUUUAUUGUAUUAA